UUACUUUUCACUGUUCUUUUAGCCGGUAGAAAAAUAACAGAGCCGUCUUUCUGUUGCAAAGAACUCGGGAAGACUGCAGCUAUGGAUUUCUAUGGGAAAUGUCUGGGUUUAUCUUGUGAAUUGUGUUUGUACAUGUAACAGCUAAUGCUGCGUGGCCUCCUGUGGCACCCUUGGAAGGAUCUCAAGGCACCCCAGGGUGUUGUGGCAGCCUGAUUGGGAAUCACUGCCGUACAUCCACAGCUCCCUGUGAGCUACAUCUGCAUCUUUCUUGUGAUGGCAGAACGAAGCUGAGGGACUGUGGCUGCUGGCCUUCACUCUAGACUUAGUACUGCCCCAUUAGCUCAUCUUCCUUCACCCAUUUGAAGAUGUGCCAUUCCCAUCCUCAUCCUGCAUCCCUUUUGCCCUGUUCCACUUCCAGGGAGCUCUUCCCUUAUUGCUUUCUACUUUACCCUCAUCUGUUUUUUUGCCAUUGAUUCUUUUGACGCCCUUUGUUCCCCCUUUUGCUUUAUUUGAGCAUGUGAAUGUGCUUUUUCUACAAAGAGUUUCUUGGCUGGCUGUUAACUGGCAGUAGGUAAAAGCACCAGCUUCCCUCCAAUGGACACAAAAUAGGGAAACCGCCAAGCACAAGUGAAAAUUUCCUGUGGUCCAGGCUUCUCUUUAGUGUUUCUUAAAAACCAUACUUCAGCCUUCUGUCUUUGUGGGGAGGGACUUUUUGUUCAAAGUGCAGAAAAGACAGUGGCAUAAUUGCAAGCCUUGAAAGAGUGCUCUGAGGAGAAAUCCUGCUCCAAUCAGUCAUAAGAGCAGUUUGGCCUUGUCCUUGCUACUGCUUGAACCAAUCUAGCUACAGCUGUGUUUUGAUUCCUGUCUUUGAUUGAUGUCUCUGAACAUUGUUUCAGCUAAUACAAACUCCCGGUCCAAUAUAAGCAUGAAAUAUUUUAUGUAACUGGUACCUGGAAUGAGGGUAGGGACUUGCCAUGUAGGUAGUUGAGUGGGUGGUUUGUAGCUGCCUGAGGUAUGUGUGUAAAUUGAUUUCCAAUAUAAUUGCAAUCCCGAGUGUGGAGAAAGGUCCCUUGGGGCCAGGCUUCCCUCUUUCAUCCUGUAGUCUUGCAAUAGCCUUUGCUGUGUACCUUUACUGGCGAUGAACCUGAGACCAACCUGGCAUUGUGGCAGGCUCUCAAAAUUUGCAUUCCCACUUGACUGAUGGGAGUUUUUCUCUGAUAGGUAAGUGAAAGGUUGGGUAUCGUCUUGGUAAAGGUGAGGGAAUAGCUUGGGCAGUGAAAUAAACUUUUUUGUUAGUUUUUCAGCAGCUUUCUGAGGGCAUGUUUUGUUGGCUUUGCUAUAAAGUGAAGCAGUCUUCAGUGGCUGCGGCAGCAUCAGUGUGCACAAGGAAAUGCAGAGAGGAAAAACAGCCUUGGUCCUAUUAAGGAUUUAUUGUUAGUACAGGACAUUGUGAAACAAUAUUGCAAGAGGCAAUACAGAUGUAUUGUAUUUAUUGGAAGUGAGUAACCAUUAUCCAUCAAGAUGCUAGCAAUUCUUGCUUCAGAUUCAGCAAAACCAAGAUCUGUACAGCGUGGAGAAAGAAAACCCUUUACUUUUAGCUGAAAUGGUGUCAUAACUGAAGUAAUACUAAAAGAAACGGCUGAACUUUGCCUCCUUUGGUUAGAGCUUAACUUUCAAUGUAAUGGUAUUGGACAAAAAAUGUUACCAAACCCACACACAGCUGUGCUCUAUCCAGGCAAAUGCAACUGAACAGGUUGCAUGUCUUAUUCUGUUCUGACAUUGAUACCAAGUCUGUAUUGUUCUGCCAGCCUAGCUUUGUGCCAUCAACAAACUGUCUGCAGUAGGCAGAUAAAACGUGAAAGAAUGUCUGGCAAAAGAUUGCGGCCUGCUUUGAAAAUCUUUCUCCCGGGAAUAGAGAUGGAAAGGGGCUGUCAAGCUGUUGAGGCCCCUGUAUUCAUAGGCAACUACUUAUCAGGAAUCCUAACAUCUUCACAGUUUCAUCGUGCUUAGGGUCGGAAGGGACCUAAACAGAUCAUCAGGUCUGACCCCCGAUUUUGUCUGGCUCCAACCCUUUUCGUAUACCACAGCCCCAAGCACCUUCAUAACACUAAAACUAAAAUCACCCUACAAUGCGUCACAGCUAGAAAAUAAGAAAGGGGGCUGCCAAAGCCCAUUUUAUUUCAUACUUUCAUAGGAUCCUUCUGUGAAGACUCAUUUGUCUUGAAGCACAGCUGUAUAGAGUGGCUUAUCAUCCCUCCCUGAAGUUAGUUCAUUUUACAGGUUUGUGGGAUCACUGGGUACCAUCAUCAUCAAGUGCAAAGAUCUGCGAAUUAUUCAACUGGAUAUACCUGGAAUGGAGGAAUGUUUGAAUAUUGCUAGCUCUAUUGAGGCCUUGUCCACUCUGGAUUCAGUCACACUGAUGUAUCCUUUCUUUUACCGCCCCAUGUUUGAAGUUGUGGAGGAUGGCUGGCACUCCUUCCUGCCUGAGCGAGAGUUUGAGUUGCUCAGUUCAGUGACUAGCGACUGGCAACUGAGCUACGUCAAUAAGGAGUUCUCUGUCUGCCCCUCUUACCCGCCCAUCGUCAUCGUCCCGAAAUCCAUUGAUGACGAAGCCCUUCGGAAAGUCGCAACAUUUCGUCAUGGUGGUCGCUUCCCAGUUCUCAGCUAUUACCAUAAGAAGAAUGGGAUGGUGAUGAUGCGGAGUAGCCAGCCUCUCACAGGCACGAAUGGGCGCCGGUGUAAGGAAGAUGAAAAACUUAUUAAUGCCACACUGCGGGCAGGGAAGCGUGGGUACAUUAUCGAUACCCGUUCACUGAACGUGGCUCAGCAGGCCAGAGCCAAAGGAGGUGGCUUUGAACAGGAAGUGCACUACCCCCAGUGGAGGCGAAUUCACAAAUCCAUUGAGAGAUAUAACAUCCUGCAGGAAAGUCUCAUCAAACUUGUGGAAGCUUGUAAUGACCAGUCGCACAAUAUGGAUCGCUGGCUCAGCAAACUGGAGGCCUCCAACUGGCUGACUCACAUCAAGGAGAUACUGACUGCAGCUUGUCUGGCUGCUCAGUGCAUUGACAGGGAAGGAGCAUCUGUGUUGGUUCAUGGGACUGAAGGAACCGAUUCAACGCUGCAAGUAACUUCACUGGCUCAGAUCAUUUUGGAUCCCAGGUGCAGGACCAUCCAUGGGUUUGAGUCUCUUGUUGAGCGGGAGUGGCUUCAGGCAGGUCACCCAUUCCAGCAGCGCUGUGCACAGUCAGCCUACUCCAACAGCAAGCAGAAAUGGGAGGCCCCUGUAUUCCUGCUCUUCUUGGACUGUGUGUGGCAGAUCCUCCGGCAGUUCCCCUGCUCUUUCGAGUUCAGCGAGCACUUUCUCAUCAUGCUUUUUGAGCACGCUUAUGCCUCACAGUUUGGGACAUUCCUGGGCAGCAAUGAAAAUGAAAGGUGUAAGCUGAAGCUGCCGCAGAAAACCAUGUCUCUGUGGUCCUGGGUGAAUCGGCCUCCAGAACUGAGCCGAUUUAAGAAUCCUCUCUUUGAGGCCAACAGUCUUGUCAUCUGGCCUUCUGUUGCACCGCAGAGCCUGCAGCUCUGGGAAGGUGUCUUUCUCCGUUGGAACAGGUCCUCCAAGUUUCUGGAUGAAGCCUAUGAAGAAAUGAUCAACAUCAUUGAAUACAACAGGGAACUUCAGGCCAAAGUCAAUGCCCUGAGGCGGCAGUUAGCAGAACUGGAAACGGAUGACGGGAUGCAGGAGAGCCCUUGAUCUUGCAAGGCUUUGGACAGCAGGUCUUUAUUUUCACCUUCCCCUAACACUAAAGACUAAACACGGAAUGUGCAUGCAGAGCCUCCAGUGCAAUGACCUUCAACCCUCCAGUGCUGAAACCCUCCCUUCACACUGUAUACAGCCUGCCACGUGGGCGGCGGGCUUCGUGUUGUGUUGUUUACAGAAGAUGUACAUGGUUCGGCAUGGCAUCCGCUCCUGGCAGCUUUUCUGCCUCUAAUAAAUUGUGUACAGUUUCAGCAUAAGCUGCAGCUCUUACCUCCCUCACACCUUUUGUGCAGGUGACCAAUAUGGGCUGAGAGAUGGUUAUUUCAGGUUUAAUUUGGGGACCCCCCCCUUUUUUUUUGGUUUUGUUAGACCCAAAACACUCCAUUGGCCAGAAUAGUGGCUCCUUUCCCACUCUGAAAAUAAAGUGUUUUGUCUAAAAACACCUUCUUCCAUAGCAGGUGUGCUCACUCAGCAGUGCUCACUUAAUUUAGUUUUAAUGCAAGGGUGCCAUGUGUUCCUGCUAUCUGGAAAGAAAGCGAGGAACAGGAAAUGGUAUAAGCUGCCUAUUGCCUUUGCCAAUUAUACGUACAUAGCGUUUGCAUUAGGAGUUGACACGGAGAAGGGGAUUGCUUGAAUAUAGAGCCAGGGCUAGAAGUUUGUAUGCAGUACAGUAAGCAUUUUUCCUGCCAAUCUCUCUGCCUGGACUUCUAGUUGGAUGGUCUGUCUGGACAACUGUCUGUGAAGGGAUAACUAUUUCAUAUCCCACCUGGAAGACCAAAGGGUUGGCUUCACUUGUUGAUUGUAGUGGUACCCCAGAGCUGCACUGCCAUUCUUGGAUGUUUGGAUUGCACUGACCUUCUUAAAGGUUUGAACUAAUUCAUUGUGUUGCCAAGGUACAAAAUCAUUGUGGUAACUAACUUUUAAAGAGCACCUCAGCAAAACAGCUUGGUUUCCUCUCUUGUGCUCCCGCUUAUGCCUUUUGCAUACUUUGGCAACAAGACAAGAAGCAGAACUUGGAGUUGAAAGUGAUCUAGCACAUAUUAGAAACCUGUUAGUGAUUUAAAAAUUUGUUCAGACUAUAGCAAUGUUAAUGGUUGUGUAUUUUUUUUAUGGUUGCUAAAAGGGCUUGUAGGCUUUGCAGGUGUCAGUUUUCCUACAUUAAUGCUACUUUUUGGAUUCCUGCAGCUCCCCCUGCUUUUCCUCCACAUUUUUCCUUUUCCAAAACAGCAUCCAUGACCAAACAUUUAAUAUUAGAUUUACCUAGACAGUUGUUCCGCUGGGUUCGGUUGGGUAGUUUUUAAAAUGGUUGAGACAAAGGUGUAGGAGACUUCAGUGAAAUAAAACAAAGCUGGAAUUCUUUGUAGAAAACCUUCUCAACGUUGGCCCCUCUUCGUUUUUGAAUUCAUUGCAAACAGAAUUAAGACAGCAGAGGUCACUUGAAAAUCCCGUUGAUGGUUUCAACUGUGUCAAACUUGCCGAGCCACGAUAUUUCGUUUUCCUCUUGGAAUGAAGCUGCCUUUAACUAAAAAGUCACUUUCACGACAUUAACACUAACUUUAAAUGUAGCCUGAUGCAAAAAACCCAAACCCUUUCAAAUAGUAAAUAUGUUCUUAAAAUUGUACCCAAUAGUCAAGAAAUGUUUAGAGUUAUUUGACAGUGCCUCUUAAUUAUUACCUUAUAGCUUUUAAAAAUUAGUCCCUUUUCUCUCUGGAAUAUUUUUGUUUUGGACUGAUCUAAAUUUAGUCCCAGCUGUUCCUAUUGCAAAAUGUAACUUGGCUAUUUAGGGCAAUUGGUGUUUUUUGUUUUUCUGUUUUGUUUUUAAUCUGUGCUUGUCUUUAUCUUUCAGGAUGCCUGUUUUUAAUUGAAUUGGGUAGUUACUAUUUUUUAGAAGGGGAUAGAAUUUGGGCAUAGUCUGUAGUAUCUCACUACUUAAUUUGAGGGGGAGGAAAUGCCUUUGAUACUCAAACUUGGGGCAUGCAAGGACAAGGUUUUCCAGAAUGACUAGUCAUCCUGGGCACCCAGCUUGACACGUGCAAAUGGCCUGAUGGUUUGUGAGUGCUGAGCAUUGCCCUCCAGGCUGACCCCCUCCCCCCCCCAACUCACACACCCCAAACCGCUAGUUACUCUACAUUCACAGGGGCAUUGUCCACACCUGCCCAGCUGCAGGUCUUUGGUUAUAAACCAGUGUUUCAGAACUCUGUUACUAUGGAUAUGAGUGAAAUGUGUAAUUACCAGCCAGAUUGGAAUGAUUCAGAGGCAAAUUAUUUUUUUUUCUCCCUGGACCAGACAUAAAACACACUUUUAAAGGCUGUGUAAUUUCCUAAUGUAGUAAUUAUACACUGAGCUAAAUAAUACGCAGCAGCACAGCAAUUUUUUUCUCUAAUUGCCUGGCUGUUCCGCCUUCUCAUGCAAACUACGUGCAUCUGAAAAAAAAAUUGGGUAACCAGCUGUGAUGCCUAGCAGAAGACCCAACCAUUUUCACACUGCACUUGCAUUUCACCCCAAACCUGUGCUGCUGAAUUGAUUCAACCCUUGGGUGCCACUGGAUGUCUGCCCUAACUUAGCAUGUGUUUGCUACCAAAGUCUUAAUGUUGUUAAAGCACUAGAGUGGUUUCUAACUCUGCUUUUUAUUGUUCCCAUUAGUUCAUCCUUUGUUCGCAGCAACACAAGUCAAGAGAAGGAGGUAACUUCUUGUCAUCUAAAUAGCCACCUUCCCAAUUCCUUUGCCAUGCUGGAUCAGAGCCAGUGUGUUCAGCACCUUUUUCAACCUUCAUCCAUAAGAGGAGAUUGUUCUUUGUGAUGUCAUGGUGGCUUGCAUACAUACCUCCUCUAGUAGCCUUCUCUUCAUGGCCAGUCUCUAGGCUUCGAGGUGUGGUGGCCAUGGAUAAACCAGAAGGGGAUCCUUCACUUCUUCCCCAACCCUUCUCUUUACCUUUUUUCCAUCAUCUCAAGUCCCAUAUUUAAAUACUUAUGACCAGCACUCUUCAUCUGCUCGAGUCAAGCAGGCUAAACCCAGUUACCUGCACAGGUGUUGCCCCAUGAAAGAGCUGAAGUGCUGUCUGGUGCAAGGAGUCGUUCCCUCCCCUCUGUGUUCUACCUGAGCUGUAAGCCUUGCACGUUCUCAAGCCCAAGCAUCAGUUUUCAGCCUGGCGCUGUCCUGUGCCGUCGCUGAGACAGGUGUUUCAAUGCUUCUUUUGUGCAUAGAUCUGCUUUAUCUGUGUAAUAACAAGCUGCACACGGAGCCCUUGUACCUCAGCAAGGUAGAGCAUCUGGUGUGGACGCACGUGUCCAUUUACCAAAACCAGAAUGAAUUUGCACAGUUGAGUCAAGGGAAAGGGAAAUGUGUACCUUCGAUAUUCUGAUUGUAUGGAUCUCACUUUUGAAUGUGGCGAUUUAAGUGCACUAUUGUCCAUGUUGCAUACAAUAUAACUCUUAAAUUGCACUGUAUAGCAUAUCGGCGCCUAACGUAUGCUUUGCUAAAGCCUUGGAAAGUGCUAUCGUGUACAGGUUCCUGUACAGUGGAAAAUGUCUGUUGGCAAUUCUGUCUUUUUUUGUUACCAUGACCUUGAAUAGCACUGUUUGUAAUGUACUGUACUCGCUGUAUCUGUUAUGUGGCAAGUGCAUCUCUAUCUAAAUACCUGGAAUUGCUCAUUGGAGUUGGCUGCUGCCUCAAACUUGAUUUGAACUGAGUUGAGGAAAGGUGGUAGGAGUUGUGUGCUAUUGUUCAGUGUUUUCUCUUUGUGUACAGAGUCCCAGCCAUCACUACGCAGAACAUACCGCACACAACCUGAUGUAUCUGAGUAAACUUGACCGGUUGAAAGUCUGUUCAGCAGGUUGGAAAACAGAGACAGAAGGGCUGUACAUUUUGCUUCUAGACUUGUUGAGCAGUGCAGAUCGUCUGGAUUAAAAGCGUUGCGACUUUAAAAGAAA